UUUCUAAAAUUCUCCUUAAAAUUCCUCCUUACCUCCAAUUUCCCUAAAAUUCCCAUUAAAAAUCAUUAUUUACUUUCAGUUUUUCUAAAUUUCCUAUAAAACUCCAAAUUUCCUCCGAAAAAUUCCCAGACUAUAUUUUUUUCAAAAAUACUCCUAAAAAUUUCCACCUACCUCCAAUUUUCCUAAAAUUCCUCCCAAAAUUUCCUAUUCUCCCUAAAACUCCCAUUAAAAAUAAUUAUUUACCUCCAGCUUUUCCCAAAAUUCCUGAAAUGUUCACCUACCUCCAGCUUUCCUAAAAUUCCUCCCAAAAAUUCUCUACUUUUCUCAAAAGUCCCUAUAAAAAAUUUUUAUUUACUUUCAGUUUUUCCCAAAAUUCCUCAAAUUUCCUCCCAAAAAUUCAUCAAAUAUUUUUUUUUCAAAUCCUCUUUAAAAUUCCCACAUACCUCCAAUUUGACUACAAUUCCCAUUUAAAAUCUUUAUUCACCUCCAAUUUUUCCUAAAAUUUCUAAAACUUCCUCCCAAAAAUUCCGAAACUAUAUUUUUUUUUCUAAAAAUCCUCCUAAAAAUUCCCACCUACUUCCAAUUUUCCUAAAAUUCCUCCCAAAAAUUCCCCACUUUCCCUAAAAUUCCUAUUAAAAAUUUUUAUUCACCUCCAAUUUUUCCCAAAAAUUACCAAAAUAAUUUUUUUAAUCCUUGAAAUUCCCACAUACCUCCAACUUUUCCUAAAAUUCCCAUUAAAAAUUAUUCACCUCCAGUUUUUCCCAAAACUCUUAAAAUUUCCUCCCAAUAAUUCCAAAACCAUAUUUUUUUCAAAUAAUCCUCCUAAAAACUCCCACUUACCUCCAAUUUUCCUAAUAUUCCUCCCAAAAAUUCUUCACCUCCAGUUUUUCCCAAAAUUUCCUCCAAAAAAAUUUCCCACUUUCCUUAAAAUUUCGAUUAAAAAUUUGUAUUCACCUCCAGUUUUUCCCAAAAUUCCCUCCCAAAUUUUUUUUUUCUCGGAGCGCUUCUCCGCCUAAUUCUCCAAAAAAAUAAAAAAAAAAUGCCGGUACCACGUUCCGAAGUGUUAUUAGACAUGUACGGUGACGAAGAUAAUGGGAUAACAUACUCUUACCUCUUAUGCAUCGUAGGAAUGGCAGAAAAGAUACGGGAGGCGGCUGCACGCGGAGAAAUUUCACGGCUAACAAGACUCCUAGAUGAUGGUAUCAAGCCAUUACCCGACGAGCAUGGCCGAUCGGCGCUCUUCAUCGCUGCGGCCUCUGGACAGGUUCCAGCCUGUGAAAUUCUCAUAAAACAUGGUCAAGAUGUCAAUACUCCGGACAACACUGGAGUUACUCCCUUGCAAAAAGCCGCCGCUGAAGGACAUCUUGAAGUCGUUGAGCUUCUGCUGAAGCAUGGAGCUGAUGUUUCCAAACAGGAUAAUGUUCACGGAAACUCAGCAUUGCACGAAGCGUGCUGGCGUGGCUACAGCCGAACAUUGUCCACUCUAUCAAAGUCCUUGGGAACAUCUCGAGGUCCGCUGCACACGCGGAACUUCUCAGGCUUCGCGCCCCUGCACCUUGCCUGCCAAAACGGGCACAACCAAAGCUGCCGCGAGCUUCUGCUCGCAGGUUGCAACCCUGACCUUCAAAACAACUGUGGAGACACCGCUUUGCACACAGCAGCGCGCUACGGCCACGCAGGAGUCACACGAAUCCUGAUCUCAGCCCUCUGCCGGGUCUCUGACCAGAACAAGAACGGCGAUACAGCGCUGCACAUUGCUUCAGCAAUGGGCCGACGGAAGUUGACGCGAAUCCUUCUGGAGGCGAACUGCGACCGACAUUUGAGGAACAAGCAGGGUGAGACUGCCAAGGACAUUGCCAGGAGAAAGAACCUGACGGAGAUCCUGGAGAUCAUCAACAAGGCGAAGAACAGGCCCAGGUCCCGAUCCAAGACCCUGGAUGACGUUGACUCCAAGGUUCCUAGCCCCAGUUCCAAAAGGAAGACCAAGGACCAGGUCAAGGAUCAGGAAAAGACCAAGUCCAGCCUGAAGGACAAGACCAAGGACAAGGACAAGGACAAGUCCAAGGACAAAGCUAAGGUCCACUUUGAGCCGCAGAGGAAGUGGUCGCCGUACGGCUGCCACUACUACCCAGACCCUGAAUCCUUUCCUAGUCCCAAGCUGGACUCCUUGCCAGCUGAUCCUCUGGCUCGCGGGGAGCAGUACUACCUGGACCUGGCAGGGAACAUCAGAAAAGGGCCAGUAGGGGUCGGCUACACCUGCUACUGCGCGCCGUUCUUCAGGCAUAUGGAGGCCAAGAUGAAGCGGGACAAGGCUGAGCUUAAGGCUCACAUUGAUCAGGCUCACGAGCGGCUGGACCUGAAAGUCGCGCACCUGGAGAAGAAGACCAGGGGCCAGAUUUCAGAACUGACCAGGCAUUUUGUCCUGGAGAAGCACAGGUGCGAGGAGAAGCAUGCCCAUACCAGGUGGCUGACCCGCAAUGCUGCUGGAAGACACUCCGAGCGGCCUGGACCAGUUUCCAAAGGUCCAGAGGGAAUUGUUAGAGCUAAAUCAGUUGAGGAUCUGCUAGACGACCGCCAGAAUGACCGCAGCUUUGAAAUCCCUGGAGAAACCUCCGGCCAGCGGCUGGGCAGCCUGGACAAUUUGGACAUCCCAGCGAUUCCUAGACUGAGCAAGAGCUUGAAGGAGCUGCCCAAUGAGACUGUUCUAAGGGUCCUGGAAGUCGCUCCAAGGUUAAAUGAGACUUUUGAUGGGGUCAUUGGGAGGAACAGACCUCAGGAGGUUGAUCCUGGAGAAGAUGAUCAGGAACUCAGUCGCAGGAGUGUCCAUGAGAUGAUCAAGAGGUUCCAGCAGGUCCCCAGGAAGAACAGGAGCGAGAGCAGUGAGGAGGAGCAGGAUAAGUGUGCGGCUACCAAUGGAUUGGGGAGGGGGAACUAUGAGAGCAUUGCGCGCAUGCCUUAUAGGAGUCGCAGUGCUGUUUAUAGCCCCACGCCCUUUCAGGGCCAGCAUGAUGCCCAUAAUGACUCCGGGUAUAGCACUAGGAUGUACGGCUCCAGCAAGGGGGCGUCUCCUUCUUUGUCAGGACAAUUGGACUGUGACCUUCAGGCCAGGUUCUCCAGCAGGGAACACCUCGCUGCGUUGAUGGAGCAGCCCAGGAGUGGGGGGAGUCAUGACGUCACUGGGUUUGAACGUAGUGCGGAUAUGGUUGUUAAUAUCGGCGCUGCUAGUCUUGUUUAGGUUAUUUUGUAAUUUAUUUUGUAAGAUGAUUUAUAAAUAAAUUUGUAUAGUUCGAAAGAUGUUU